AGAGCAAAAAAACACCAAAGGAGAAAAAACGAGUGAAAAGGAAGAAAGAAAGGCUACAGCGUAGGUUGUUGUUGUCACUGGCUGCCUCGUGCAUCGGUUUGUCUGUCAUCUGAAAUCGUCAGUCCGGUGACGCAGCAGUCUAUACCGAAAUGGACCCAAGCACGACCAUUCUGCGGGUGAAGAGGAAGAGGGGCACUGAUCCGGCGGACGCGCUGCUGCUGGCCUGUAAACGGAUCCGUCCGGAGGCCACGGCGGCUCAGCCCAGCGAUGAGAGCGAGCCAGAACCACAGGAGCCCAAGAUAGAGAACUCCGUGUUCAAGCUAGUGGCCACCGUGGUUUCACAGGAUGCUCCAGUACAGCCACAUGUCCGUGAGGCCCUUGCUCGUCCACGUCUGGCCCAUCAUGCCCUGCGGCCUUCACAAGGGAGCAGUCAGAGGAUUAUCGGUGAUCUGCGCAGUGUCAAAUGGAGCACCAGGCGAGAGGAACGCUACCGGAUCCUGUCCAGCCACCGGGCUGGACUGCCGACAGAGCCUGCUUCUGCUGGAGGAGGAGAGGAGAGCCAUGACAGCCACACAGAGAGCCGUGACGGACUGCCUCUGGGAGAAGUGCAAGUGUUUGAUAUUCUGCAUGAGGAGGAAGAUGUCAAAGUGCCUGGCAAGACUGUUGUGUCUGACCCGGAGACGAUCCUGUGUAACUCUGUAAAGAUGAUCCGUGAGAAGCUAAGUGUUUCGGGAGCUGGACUCGGGACUGAACAUCGAGAGAAAGAAGAUGAUUACGUGUAUGAUUUGUACUAUCAGGAAACGGCCACACCAGGCUGGAUCCAGGACAUUCUGUCUGUCAGACCCUACUCGCAAGAGGGAGAACUGGUGCCUGACGAAGUAGCCUGGGAGGAAGAGGUGUAUGAAGAUGAGGAUGAUGAGAAUGCAGAAGCCAACUGGAGGAAUGACUACCCAGAGGAGAGCAGCGAGGGUGACAGUGAAGGAGAGGAGCGUUACGGAGGCUGCUGGAGCGAGGAGCACUCGUACAGCAGGAGGAGCUGGGAAUGCUACAGGCGGGACAUGAUGGACGACUUGGAGAAUGACAAAGAUGAGGAUGAUGAAGAGCGAGAGUAUAAUGAUUCUGACUGAGCGCCUCUGUGUGUGGUCAAAAGCAUGAGAGAGAGCGAGAGAGAGGCCCUUUUUACUGACGUGUGUUGAGUGAAGCUGUAUGUUCUUUUGUCUAAAGUGAAUGUAUGUAGUAGCCCAUGUGCGUGUACUUGUGUGGGUUGCUUUGACUUGCGCGCUAGUGAGAUGAGCGAUUUACUAUUUGCGAUAUUUUGCGAUUGUUUGAUGUGAAGAUAGUAUGGAGAGAAAAUGGUGAUAUUUUGAGUUUGUGUACGUGUGGGGUGAUUUGUGUUGUCAGUUAUGUGUGUAGUGUUUAUACGUUCCCUGAGACCAAGGGGUGAAAAAACAAAAUACUGUAAAUAUGUAGAUGUGUAUAAAAAAAUAAAGGAUUCAGAAUUAAACUGGAA